AUGGGGAAGAAGUAUAUUUCUGUUUUGAUGGUGGUGAUGCUUUUAGGCAUGCUAGUAACAAAAAUGGAUGCAAGUCAAACUGAUGACGUGAGCUGUCAAGAGGCUCUUUUGUCCUUGUUGCCAUGUCUUCCUUUUUUGCAGGGAAGUGGCCCUCCUACACCACCCAGUAAUUGUUGUGCAGGAGCAAAUAAUUUAAAUCAAAAGGCCACCACAACUGAAAUUCGAAGAAAUAUUUGUAAUUGUCUCAAACCUGCUGCAUCAAGAUUUGGAGUUCACUCUGACAGAUCAACACAAUUGCCACAGCUUUGUAACAUCAGUCUUUCAGUUUCAUUUGAUCCUAGCAUUGAUUGCAACUCAGUUUCAUGA